GCCCAUUUCAGUUUAGGAUUCUAAUUAAUGCUCUUCAUAACUAGUGCCUCUCCUCUUUCAACGUGGUGCCUCCAUCUCUCUUCUAACUUAGGUAUAUCAAACCUAUUCCUUUGUGAAGUGUAGCAAAGAUGGGGAAGAUCAUGAAACCCGGUAAAGUUGUCAUAGUCCUUGGGGGAAGAUAUGCAGGCAGAAAGGGAAUCAUCAUCAAGAACUAUGAUGACGGGAGCAAUGAGCGUCACUAUGGACAUGCGCUUGUCGUUGGCAUUGACAAGUAUCCACUAAAAGUGACCAAGAACAUGGGAAAGAAGCGAGUUAAGAAGCGUACCAGAAUCAAGAGCUUUGUGAAAGUGCUCAACUACAACCACAUCAUGCCAACCAGAUAUACAGUGGACAUCCCUUUUGACAAGCAAGUUGUGAACAAAGAAGGUCUGAGGGAUCUUAAGGGAAGGAGAAGGGCUCGUUUUAUGAUUAAGAAGAAAUUAGAGGAAAGACACAAAACUGGCAAAAAUCGAUGGUUCUUCCAGAAAUUACGUUUUUGAAUGGGACUAUUGUUAUGAUAAUUCUCUAUUAUUAUAAUAUUUUGUUGUUUAAGUGAUGCACGUCUUUUCAGCAAUUUGCAACAGCAA